AUGUGCCCCGAACGCGGGGUUACCGCAAUCGACUCUAUAAGUCUUGCAAGCGAAUUGCCUUUCUUUGACACUAUUCCAGUAAAUAUUUUAGUACAACCAGGAAAGUGCAUCACAUAUAAGUUCCAUCCAUCUACACCUCCUCCCAUCUCUCCUUCUUACGUAUUUCAAGUCCGUGGCCAAGGAGUUAAUGGCCCAAUAUUUGCUGCUUCUGCAACUUUCACUAUCGGUAAUCCUGGUUUCGGUUUAAUUAUUACCAAACCUGUCACGGAUACAAAUGCUCAUUGUGGCGGAAAACUUAAGAUUCGAUGGAAAGACCCAUUCAAAUUAUACGACGGUCUUACUUUUACUGAAUUUACCUUGGUUGAAGCUGGCGUACGCUUUAUUCCAUUUUCGCCUCCACCGGUGAAUGUUCCGGUUUCAGCGGGCGAAAAAACCGUCAGAAUUCCUCUGGGUCUUAAGAACGAACAUAGUUAUCACGUUGAGGUUAGACUUGUUCGCAAUAACAACCAUGAGGUAUACGCUUCAGAUGAGUUUAGAAUCAGUCGUUGUUAA